AUGAACAAGAAUAUUGUGGAGAAGAAUUUUGAGCUGUAUCUGCAAAUAGCGAAGGACAAAUGGUUUUCAUCUUAUAUUGAACUCAAAGAAAUUGGGGUUCAUGUGAUUGUAGAGAAGCCAGAUUCAUUUGAAGAGUCAGAGUGGAAGUGGGAGUGGAAUAAUGACACUGAUAACCAAGAGUCGCAGUGGGAAUGGGAUCAUGACAUUGGGACGCUGCAAAGAACAUCUUCGGGUGAUGUUGAAGAGAGGGAUGAGAUUGACAGCCGAAGUGGAACAGAUAGAGUGAUACUUAAACUAUAUCAUCGUCGGCUUCAUCAUCCCUUUUGGGUUCAAUUGCACCUUCUACUAGGGAGCAGUGGAUAA